AGCACGUCGGCGACUCUUGCUCGCUCAGGAUAAACACGCAGCCCUCGGUAAAAACGUCUCUGAACGUUUUGCCGGCACUGAACACAACUCCGGGGCGUUAAGAGUCAGGGGGAUAUAACAACGCAAUAGAGCAGACCAGCGGUUGGUUUGCGAAUGUGCAGAGGAGAAGAACCUGCGGAAAGACAAUCAUGGCAGUGAAUGUCCCAGGACUGGUGGCUGUGUUGGUUUUUUACAUGGUCAUCCUGGUCAUUGGGGUCUGGGCAUCUCGAAAAUCCAAGAAAGAGGAGAAGACAUGUACUGGAAGCAAGAGCGAAGUCACCAUCGUGGGUGGCCGCAACAUCAAUGUCGUUGUUGGGAUUUUCACCAUGACAGCAACAUGGGUUGGCGGAGGUUAUAUCAUGGGAACCGCUGAAGCUGUUUAUGUUCCCACCCGUGGUCUCAUUUGGGCUCUGGGGCCGCCUGCACAUCUUCUCGGAUUUCUUUUGGCGGGACUGUUCUUUGCCAAACCUAUGAGGUCAAAAUUCUACGUGACUAUGUUGGACCCAUUCCAGUAUCGCUAUGGCAACAUGUUCACCGCAAUGCUACUGCUUCCUGCACUGAUCAGUGAUAUUUUGUGGGUUGCCUGCAUCCUUUCUGCUCUGGGAGGAACGAUGAGCAUGAUUCUCGGGUUGUCGUCAGCCCUAUCUAUUGUUAUCUCGGCUGCUGUCUCCAUCAUCUAUACAGUAUUAGGGGGUCUGUACUCUGUUGCAUAUACUGAUGUCAUCCAGUUUUGCUUCAUCUUUGUCAGCAUGUGGCUCUGUGUUCCCUUUAUGUUCCUCAGUCCUGCAGUUACUGACCUCUCACCAACACUCCACGUCAACCAAACAAGUGGGAACUCAUGGCUAGGAGAGAUGGAGCUGGCAGACGCAGGAAUAUGGGCAGAUGAGUUUCUAUUAGUGACUGUGGGCGGACUGGCCUAUCAAUCUCUGUACCAGAGGAUCCUCUCUGCUGCCUCCUCUGCUCAGGCUCAGAUCACCUGCUUUGCUGCUGCUGGGACAGUUUUCAUAAUGGGAGUGCCCUCAGCAAUCAUAGGAGCAGUGGCGGCCUCUGCAGACUGGAACCAGACUGCGUAUGGUCUACCCCCUCCUUUCGAACGAGGGGAGGCAGUGAAGAUCCUGCCACUGGCCCUGCAAUAUCUCACACCCAGCUGGGUAUCUGUGUUAGGCAUUGGUUCUGUGGCUGCAGCAGUCAUGUCCUCAAUGGACUCAGUGCUGCUGUCCUCAGCAUCAAUGUUUACACAAAACAUUUACAAGACAACUUUGAGAAAGCAGGCGUCAGAGCGGGAGCUGCAGUGGGUGAUCCGUGGUAGCGUGGUGCUGGUGGGCCUGGCAGGAACAGGCCUGGCCUUUGGUGAUGACAGCGUUUUUGCCCUCUGGCUGAUGAGUGGAGACCUGCUCUACUGCAUCGUCUUCCCACAGCUUGCCUGCGUGCUGCACUUCCGCCACGCUAAUACCUACGGUGCUAUCACAGGCUACAUAGUUGGGAUGCUGCUGCGUGUGCUGGGCGGGGAACCAGUCCUCGGAAUCCCUCCUGUUCUCCUGUAUCCUGGCUGGAGGGAGGAGGAUGGAGUUAUCAAACAGCACUUUCCCUUCAGAACCCUGGCCAUGCUUUCUUCUGUGAUAUGUGUUGUUACCGUGUCCUGGCUGCUGGAGCUCUGCUUCUGUCACCAGCUCAUUCCUCGGUCCUGGGAUUUACUGGGGGUUUUUAAAGAGAAUGAGGAAGAAGGAGAAGUGCAGGAAGAACCUCUUCCUCUGGAGGAAAAGAACAAAAUUCUUAAUACAAAAUUGUAAGCUUCACUUCAGAACAACUUCAGCCAAAGUAUCCACAAACCUCUUUUUAUACAAAUACCUACCGCCCAUGUAUACCACAUCUGUUUGAUACUGCUAUAUUUAAGAAAAUAUUUGUAUAUAUACAGUAUUAUCUCAAAGCAAUGCCAUACACGAUGUAAGUGUCCUUGCAAAUUCAGAUGCAGUUGGCAUUCUUCUAUCAAGCAUACAUUAUGACCUCCUCCAAGGAUGUUGUGUUUUCACCCUGAUUGUUUGUAAUCAACAUACACAAAAACAACUGAAUAGAUCAGUGGAACUUUGUGGAAGGAUGUGGUGUGAGUCAGUGAAGAACCCAUCAAAUUGUUGAUCUGGAUCAGGGGAUGGAUCCAAUAAUUUUUACAAUUAUCUUUGACAUUGCAAGAUGAGAGGCAUCUUUUAACAUUUUUACCUUUGUCCCAGGGAAUAAUUCAUGGAUCUCUAAGAAAACAUCAGGGAACAUUAAGGGAACUGAAAUCUAUAAGUGUCUAGGUCUAGCUUGAUUGAAUACAAGGAGACUAGACAAGGUAUUGUUAGGUCAGUUAAUGGUACAUAAGUGUUACUCAGAAAAAAAUUGUCCAGCAGAAGUGUUCUCUAUUACAUUUUUUUAAAGGGAUCAUCAUUACAGGACCAUUGAGAUAUACAAUUAUGCUUUUUUAUGUUUUGUAAUCACCAGUGUUCAUUAAAAAAAAGAUAUGUGUCUGA